CUGGAACAGGCUAACCAUUCAACAGACACAUCUAGCAAAGAAAGAUGGAAGUGGCUAUGGAGCCUCUCCCUGCCUCCCAAACUGAAGUUCUUUGUGUGGAAAUGCACAAGAGGGGCCCUGGCAACGAAGGGAAAUCUCUUCUCUCGAAGCUGUUCUGUGACAAAGGCUUGCCCCAUUUGUGCGGAAGCUACAGAAUCGGUCCAUCACACCCUCUUCUCCUGCCCUCACGCGGCAGCUGGAUGGCUCCAGGACUGGCCCUCGCUGGUCAUGACCCCUUGAAUACCCCUAUCCUGGAUUGGCUCUUCUCACUUCAGGCCAGGUAUUCCAUUUGCCUAGUCCAAAAGGUUAUCUUCCUUAUGUGGCAGACAUGGAAGACGAGAAACGAGUUCAUAUUCAGGGGCAAGAUCCCUUGGCCACCGUCCACCAGUUCUAGGGCUGUUCUUGAGUCACAGCAAUGGGACGCGUGCCCUGCCAGAACACCAUCUUCAUCCCCACCCAUUCAGUUAGCCCCACCCCCGGAUCAUCCUACUCCACCGCCAAGUAUUCAUGAGUUUGAAAUACACUGUGAUGGUUCUUUCUUUGAAGCAUCUCAAGAGGCGGCUUAUGGCGUCGUUGUCACGAAUGCCCAUGGACAAGUAUGUGACGGGGUAGCUGAACCCCUGCAUUGUUUUUCACCUAUUGAAGCAGAAGCGAAAGCUUUGUGGAAAGGAACUCUCCUGGCCACCAUCCUCCACGGUCCUUGCUUGGUCCGAUCGGACUGUCUCACCCUCAUCAGUGCUGUGCAAGGGCACCAGAAGCCUUGGCCAGGGCGAGCAGCAGCGUGGAUUGGAUGCAUCAAGAAAGCGCUCGAUGAUCACCCUUGGAUCAAGCUCUCCCACAUCAAACGGGCGGACAACGCGAAAGCGAAUUGGGUUGCUAGAUCAAGAGCAAAAAAUGUACUUCCCAUACACUGGGUCCAGGUCCUUGAUGUUAUCUCUCAUCUUCUGUAGUCAGCUGGCUUCAGCCGCAUUUAAUGGAAAAGCAAUGCCUUUUGUAAAAAAAAAAAAAAAAAGACAGGUUAAUAAUAGUACACGGGACUUUUGUAGAUUAGUAGGUCUAGGAAAGCGUAGCCAAUUAGCCAUACGGUGUUGAUGAAACCGCUUGUUGUCCUCAGUCAAUCUUUUUUGUGGCUGCUGAUGAAUUAAAUCUGCAGUUUUCGUUUUUGUUUUUGGGGAAAGAAUCCAAAAGAUGUGACUAGAGUCUGCAGUUCAAUUGCAGAGUGGGGCUCUUGCUGCGCGUCAUUAUUUCAUUAUUUGGUUCAUUUUGAUUUUCUUUUUAUUUAGGCAAGGUGCAACUAGGAGUGUUCUAACGGAUUGGUUACCGUGGUAACGGUAUUAACCGAUAGCAUUCGGUUAAUUUGAUUUGGUUAAUUAGAAUAAUUGGUCUGAUUUGGU